AUGGCGGACCAGGACCUUUCACUCUCGACUCCGGCCCCUCCCACGAGACCCUCGGCCCAUUUCUAUCCUUUCGCAACCUCACCGGACAUUAUCCGUUCCCACGAGAAAGAUGCGUUCCUCACAGCCAGCUUAGCCAACCAGGGCCAAUCUAUCAUCAGAACGCUUCGUGGCGCCCGAUAUGCGCAUACUUAUUCAGAAGCCAUCAAACACCUAACCGAGCUUCUGUACUUCUCCCUCACGACAUUGACAGGGAACCGGACGCUAGGGGAAGAAUAUUGCGACCUUGUUCAAUUGGAAGAUGAUACGCUACAGUUGCCAUCAAUUGCCAGGCGGUUGGGAUACGUUCUGAGCAGUAUAAUGGUGCCCUGGGCGCUUCAGCGUAUUCUCCCCGGCUUUCGACAACGCCUCCGCGCCAAACUGGAGCGCAGCAUUGCUCGGCAACAAAUGAAGGCACAGCAGACGAAAGAGCCGAUAAAUCCCUCAAAGAACAAGCCAAAACCAUCGUUCUUCACGAAGUUACGCAUCCAGAAAUACAUCUUGGAACAUUUAGAUUCAAUCACGUCCUUGUCGCCAAUAUACGCCCUGAGCAUUGCGACGUUCUAUUUUACAGGAUCCUAUUACCAUUUGUCGAAACGUUUCUGGGGGCUCCGCUACGUUUUCACCAAAAAAUUAGAGGAGAACGAACAACGUGUUGGCUACGAGGUUCUGGGAGUCUUACUAGUCUUGCAAAUAGCAGUCCAGAGUAUUCUCCACGUCAAAAAGGUUAGCGACAGCUUGCAACAAGAGGACCAGGACGUGCAGUCUGAAGCUGCUGGGGGUACCGGGAAAGAAGCUACAUUGGUCCGUUCCAUCGAGCAACCGUCAUCUCUUCCUCUUCUUCCUACUUCCAGUGCUAGAUAUGAUCUCUCGGAAGAACCGGAUGCUAUCCCGUGGAUUCCCCAGGGGCAACAAAGCAAAUGCACGCUUUGCCUUGAGUCUUUCAAAGACCCCAGUGUUACAACAUGCGGACACGUAUUUUGCUGGACAUGUGUAUGCGAUUGGGUCCGCGAGAAGCCUGAAUGCCCCCUUUGCCGACAAGAGGUCCUUGCAUCGAAAGUCCUCCCAUUGCGAGGCUGA